AUGGAGAUGGAGACGCCGCUGUCCACCAGGAGGAUCACCCGCUCUCUCGCCGCAGCCGCCGCCGCAUCCGCCCAGAAGAGCGCCGCCGCCGGGCCAGACUCCGCCGCCCUCUUCUCCCGGGCCAAGAAGGCCGCCGCGGUGGAGACCCAUGCCCAGACCCGCGCCGCCCUGCACGACAUCAGCAACGACUCCCCCAUCGUCGGCCUCGCGGCGGGCGGCCUCCAAGCCACCGACACCACCCCCGCCUCCACCGCCGCCAAGACCCGCCGCAGGGCCCCGCGCCGCACGCCCGGCUCCGGGGAGGCGCUCCUGCGCGGCCAGGUCAAGGCGCUCCUGCACAAGGUCGAGGAGGAGCAGGGCUGCGCUGCCGCCGCCGCCCUCGUCAGGCCCGCGCGCAUCCAGGCGCUGCUCGGCGUCUCCAUGUCCCCGGCCCAGCUUCUUGCGCCCACGCCGGCCAACACGCCGCAGAUCGGACCCGUCUCCGCGCCCAGGGAAGGCCUCCUCCAGCUUGAUGGCGCCACUGUCGUGCCCUGCGUCCUCGACGAAGAGGAACUGCUGAUUCCUAAGCUUCAGGUCAUUGCAGCUUCCCUGCCUCCACCUCAGGCAGAGGAGAAGCUGGGCGAGUGCCAGCUGAAUCGUGCGCUGGUGUUCGACGAUUCCCCUGAGAAGUCUGACGAAUCCAAUGGAUCAGUCGUCGCGUCAUCCGUCUCCCUCCAGGAGAGCAGCGCCGGCAGCUACAUGGACAAUUCAUCGUCACCUGAGGACGACAGCCCCUCUGCCUGGUCCAUUCAGGUCCAUGCCAGCUCCGAGAAGGGCGACGAAGAAGAGCUAGGCGUGGAGGAGCUGGCGGCAGAGUACACUGAAGAAGAAGAAGAGGAGGACUGGGAAGAAGACAGCGACGACGACGACGACUGCUACGAUGACCUGUGCGAGGAGAUGAACAGGAUGACCGUGCUGGAUGAAGAGGAGAAGAAGGCCGGGCUGCCGCAGUUCGAGGGGAAGCACACCAGGUUCAUCUACAACAGUGACGACGAGAUCGAGCGCGAGGAGGUGGCGGACGCAGCUGAGGCGAGGGCGGAGCUUAGCGCGUUGAUGCUCAGGGGGCUGCCGGUGCCGGAGGGGAGGCACCUGCGCUUCCACGACGAGGAGGAUGACGAGGAAUAA